AUGGGUCUCUUACCUUCAGGUCUCAUAUCUCCUAUCAGCGGAAACAUGUUCGUCCCCGCUAUUCCCACUCUUUCAACAGCCUUCAGCACAUCAGAAGCCAACAUAACACUCACAGUCACCGUUUUUCUCAUUUUCCAAGCUGUCACUCCUAGUCUGUUCGGCGCAAUGUCAGACACAUACGGUCGUCGUCCGAUUUACAUCUCCACCCUUGGUCUAUAUCUUGGCUCCAACAUUGGUCUUGCAUUAUGUCCAACAAACUCUUAUUGGUUGUUGCUACUCUUAAGAGCACUACAAGCGACUGGUGGUUCAGCAGUUAUAACUAUAGGAUAUGGUUGUGUGGCGGAUAUUGCAGCUCCGGAAGAAAGAGGAAAGUUCUUGUCUUUCUUCAUGAUAGGAGCCAUGCUGGGUCCUGCUCUGGGUCCGUUAUUGGGAGGAAUCUUCGCUUCCACUUUAGGUUGGAGAGCUAUGUUUUGGUUUCUGACAAUAACGGCGGGAGUGAUAUUGGUUCCUCUCAUUCUUUUCCUUCCGGAAACAUUGAGGACUUUAGUAGGGAACGGAUCCUACCUCCCUCCGACAUAUACCAAGCCUCCUAUCGAUCUCGGUCCAAAGAACAGAGUUCCGAGACCGGUAGAUCUUCCACGUAUGAGGUUCCGACCUUUCUCAACAUUCCUGAUUCUAGUCGUACCCGAAAUCAGUGUCACUUUCCUCGUCGCAUCUCUCAUGUUUGUAGAGUAUUAUACUAUUUUAACUGUACUCUCAACAGUUUUGAAAGACCCAUAUGGUCUUUCUCCCAUCAAGAUAGGAAUAUGCUAUCUCCCAAUAGGAUUUGGCACGGGAAUAUGUUCUUUCUUCACCGGUCGUUUACUCGACUAUCGUUUCAGCAUUGAGAUGAGACGUGUUGGAGGUGAUUACGAAUCUCGUCCUGAUACAUUUGAUAUAGAGGCAGCUCGACUGAACUGCAUGUGGCCUUCUGUAGCAACGACCAUCCUCGUCCCCAUCGCUCUAGGAUGGUUCCUUGAGAAACGUCUAAAUCUUGCUAUUCCGCUGAUCACCACUUUCAUUCUUGGUUUAGGCAACGGAGCCGUGCUUGUUGCUACGGUCUAUGGUCAGCACCUUCUACCCGACAAGACAGGUGGCAUGUCCGCUUCGCUCAAUCUCGUUCGCUGUAUUUUGGGUGCUAUUGGCACUGCCGUUGUUCAACAAAUGUAUGAUGCGCUAGGAGCUGGAUGGACCUGCAUUGUGCUUAGUGGUAUAAGUACACUGGGCAUACCAAUGUUGCUGUUGGUCAAGAAACGAGGAAGGAAAUGGAGAGAGAAACAAGAGCGCAAACUUAAUCCUGUAACUCCCUCACCUGAUCCGUGA